AUGGCCAUGGAACGAACUCGUAUCGCUAAGGUCGAAGAUGUCACAUUGUCUCGACGCGGCGAGCAAGUCGGCGGCACAAUCCAUCUCACUCCUCACCACCUAAUCUUCGUCCACACCCCAGCACCCUCCACCGACUCUAACACCACCGCACCCAAUGGCAAACCUGUACGACCUCGAGAGCUCUGGAUCACGUAUCCUAUCAUCCACACCUGUACUCUUCGUACCAGUCCCGCCGCCUCCAGACAACCCAGUUCGAUCCGCUUACGUUGUCGUGAUUUCACGUUUGCCUGUUUCUACCUCAACGAUGACCGGAAAGCGAGGGAUGUCUACGACAGCAUCCGGGCUUGGACUUGCAAGUUGAGCGGUAUCGAAAAGUUGUAUGCCUUUACAUACCAGCCUCAGGGCCCUGAGAGAGAGGUCUCACCCAAUGGCUGGUCGUUGUAUGAUCCUAUCAAAGAGUUUCGGCGGAUGGGCGUGGGUGAUGAGACCAAGAAGCAGCAGUGGAGGAUUUCUAAGUUGAAUCAAGACUACACGUUCUCACCCACAUACCCCUCAGUCCUCGUCGUCCCUGCAUCUAUUUCGGAUAACACUCUCAACUAUGCCGGCCGCUACCGAUCUAGAGCAAGAAUUCCAGCAUUGACAUACAUCCACCCUGUCAAUGACUGCUCCAUUACCAGAUGUUCUCAACCCCUUGUCGGAGUCCGAGGUAACAGAAGCAUUCAAGACGAAAAGCUCCUCGCCGCAAUCUUCGAUACGACCAGAGCGGAACGUCCUCUCUCGGCCUACAGUUCCCCACCCCCGGAACGUGAGGAUCUGAAUUCAAGUAAAGAUAAAGACACGAAUUGCUCGACACGUCUAGAUGGUGACCUGCAGCAAACUGACACCGAAGCACUCGAAGAUGCUGUCAUCUCUCGGCUGCGAGGCGAUGAAGAAGAAGCUGGCACCCUUGAAUCAGAGGAAAAAAAGUCGGUAGUUUAUGGUGCUCAACAAAGAAACAUGAUUGUCGAUGCUAGGCCUACCCUGAACGCACUGGCUAUGCAGACCAUUGGAGCUGGAUCUGAGGACAUGAAUAACUACAAGUUCGCGACCAAAGCUUAUCUCGGUAUCGACAACAUUCACGUCAUGCGAGAUAGUCUGCAGAAAGUCAUUGACGCUCUCAAAGACUCUGAUCUUACCCCAUUGGGCCCAAAUCGUGAUCUCCUACAAAAGAGCAAUUGGCUGAAACAUAUUGCCAACGUUCUGGACGGUGUGAGCUUGAUAGCACGCCAGGUCGGUCUACAACACAGUCAUGUCUCGAUACAUUGCAGUGAUGGCUGGGAUCGGACCAGUCAAUUGUCUUCACUGAGCCAGAUAUGUCUGGAUCCGUACUUCCGCACCAUGGAAGGAUUCAUGAUUCUGGUGGAGAAGGACUGGCUGAGUUUCGGUCACAUGUUCAAGCAUCGCUCGGGUUUUCUCAGUUCAGAGAAAUGGUUUCAAAUCGAAAAUGAAAGGAUAAGUCGUGGAACUGAAGACGCAGAAGGUAAGGAACCAGGUAAUAAUGCCAUUGCCGGAGCCCAAAAGACCUUCGAGAAUGCCUUCCUCAGUGCGAAAGGGUUCUUCUCCAACAGUCGAAACAAUGAUUCGAGGGAAUCAAUUAAUGUCGAUUCGGAAGCCGAUACCGCUGCCAACUAUGAUUCCGAGUCUCAACCUGCUCGGCGUAUUGUGUCCGGAACAGCCAAGAAGGAGAAGGAGAAAGUGGUAACAAAAGUCAAAGAGACAUCACCAGUUUUCCAUCAGUUCCUCGAUGCCACCUAUCAACUCAUGUAUCAACAUCCUACACGAUUUGAAUUCUCUGAGCGAUUCUUGCGUCGCCUACUUUAUCAUUUAUACUCUUGUCAAUAUGGCACAUUUCUCCUCGACAAUGAGAAGGAUCGGAAGGAAGCACGUCUGAGAGAGCGUACGAGAAGUGUUUGGGAUUACUUCUUGGCUCGAAAGAAAGAGUUUCUAAAUCCCAGGUACGACCCCGCUGUCGACGACAACAUCCGUGGCAAAGAAAGACUCAUAUUUCCACGAUCUGAAGAGACCAGAUGGUGGAAUGAAUUGUUCGGACGCACGGAUGAUGAGAUGAAUGGCAAGCCAAUCAAAACUCAACCCAACGGUGGCAGUGAUGGGGAAACAGACCUGUGGACAUCAGUAGGCACACAAUCUGGCUCUGCUUCUGUACCUAUCUCGAGAGCACGAACGCCUGUUCUGGUUGGUGUUGAGACCAGCGAGGCUAGUAUUGGACUGACGGCUUCCUCUCAGUUCCCAGAGCCGCUAUCGAGGACUAGAACUCCCGUCGGAUCUGCUGGCCGUGCUGUAUCUCCAAGACCAGAAGAGUUCGGGUCGAAGAAAGAGAUCGAGGUUGUACCUGUCUCUAAGUCCGAAUCAGAGUUGAAAAAGAGCGUUCCAGAACCAAGCUCAGAGAAAGAAACCACCACCGACAACCAACCUCCCACCCUCAUACCCACUACAGACAAUGAAGAAGCUGCUGUGGCUCAAUUGUUGCAAAAUCCUGAAGCAGCCAUAAACAAGACUGCUGAUUCGUCACUACUCGCAGAACCUGAAAGAGAUGCAGAAGUCAUUUCCCUUGCGGACGAUCUGGAUCCUCUUGGCAUCGGUGAUGUUAAGGACCAUGUGCCCCAGGCUAAGAAGGCCCAUGAUCGCCGAAGAGAACAAAUGGAUCUGUUGUUGAAAUGA